CAGACAUUCUGUCAUUCACCAGCAAUAUCUCUCCAUAGUAGUCUACACCAAUGUGCCUUCAUGAAAUAUUUCACUAUGUUUGUGGAAGAAAUACUCAAAUGAACGUGCUUUUUCAGGAAUGGUGACACCAGAAUGUUAUAAAUCUGUUCAUUACCACAACAAGGAUAAAUGGUAUUUCUGCCAAAGACUUGAUAACGGGUGCAGUAAUGCAUCUCAGCACUUUCUGAAAUUAAAGGUCUGCCCUGAGAGAAUUCGCAUGCUUGUCUAGAAAUACACCUUUAAAGGAUAAUCUCCCAGGACAUAGGCCCAGCCACAAAGAAGCCUGUCCAAGAGUUCAUUUCAAUUUUCUGCAAAGGAUUUAACAAUGGAAUACAAAAAUCUCAGGUAGCCUGUUUUCAUUUCAGUCUUAAUGAAAACUUUUAAAUUUACAUCUCAAGUUUCUUUUCAAAGCAGCCGAGAACUGAAACGAAUGGGGAUUGAACUGCUUUGCCUGUUCUUUCUAUUUCUAGGAAGGAACAAUCACGUACAAGGUGGCUGUGCUAUGGGAGGUGCAGAAACCUGUGAAGACUGCUUACUCAUUGGACCUCAGUGUGCCUGGUGUUCUCAGGAGAAUUUUACCCAUCCAUCUGGAAUUGGAGAAAGGUGUGAUACCCCAGCAACUCUUUUAGCUAAAGGAUGUCAACUAACCUUCAUCGAAAACCCUGUCUCCCAAAUAGAAAUACUUACAAAUAAGCCUCUCAGUGUAGGCAGACAGAAAAAUAGUUCUGACAUUGUUCAGAUUGCACCUCAAAGCUUGACUCUUAAAUUGAGACCAGGUAGUGAACAGACCCUGCAAGUGCAAGUCCGCCAGACAGAGGACUACCCAGUGGACUUGUAUUACCUCAUGGACCUCUCAGCCUCCAUGGAUGAUGACCUCAACACAAUCAAAGAGCUGGGCUCCCUGCUUUCCAAGGAGAUGUCUAAAUUAACCAGCAACUUUAGACUGGGCUUCGGUUCUUUUGUGGAAAAACCCGUCUCCCCUUUUAUGAAAACAACACCAGAAGAAAUCGCCAACCCUUGCAGUAGUAUUCCAUACUUCUGCUUACCUACAUUUGGAUUCAAGCACAUUCUGCCAUUAACAAAUGAUGCUGAAAGAUUCAAUGAAAUUGUGAAGAAUCAGAAAAUUUCUGCUAAUAUUGAUACACCAGAAGGUGGAUUUGAUGCAAUUAUGCAAGCUGCUGUGUGUAAGGAAAAAAUUGGCUGGCGGAAUGACUCCCUCCAUCUCCUGGUCUUUGUGAGUGAUGCUGAUUCUCAUUUUGGAAUGGACAGCAAACUGGCAGGCAUUGUCAUUCCUAACGAUGGGCUCUGUCACUUGGACAACAAAAAUGAAUACUCCAUGUCAACUGUUUUGGAAUAUCCAACAAUUGGACAACUCAUUGAUAAACUGGUGCAAAAUAACGUGUUAUUAAUCUUUGCUGUAACCCAAGAACAAGUUCAUUUAUAUGAGAAUUACGCAAAACUCAUUCCUGGAGCUACAGUAGGGCUACUUCAGAAGGACUCUGGAAACAUUCUCCAGCUGAUCAUCUCAGCUUACGAAGAACUCCGGUCUGAGGUGGAACUGGAAGUGUUAGGAGACACGGAGGGACUCAACCUGUCUUUCACAGCGAUCUGUAACAACGGUGCCCUCUUCCCACACCAAAAGAAAUGCUCUCACAUGAAGGUGGGAGACACAGCUUCAUUCAACGUGACCGUGAGUAUACCAAACUGCGAGAGAAGAGACAGGCACAUUAUCGUAAAGCCCGUGGGGCUGGGGGACACCCUAGAAAUACUUGUCAGUCCGGAAUGCAACUGCAAUUGUCAGAAAGAAGUGGAAGUGAACAGCUCCAAAUGCCACAACGGGAAUGGGUCCUUCCAGUGUGGGGUGUGUGCCUGCAACCCUGGCCACAUGGGUCCUCGCUGUGAGUGCGGGGAGGACACGCUGAGCACAGACUCCUGCAAGCAGGCCCCGGAUCACCCCUCCUGCAGUGGAAGAGGCGACUGCUACUGUGGGCAGUGCAUCUGCCACUUGUCUCCCUACGGAAACAUUUAUGGGCCCUACUGCCAGUGUGACAACUUCUCCUGCGUGAGACACAAAGGGCUGCUCUGCGGAGAUAACGGCGACUGUGACUGCGGCGAGUGCGUGUGCAGGACGGGCUGGGCGGGCGAAUACUGUAACUGCACCACCAGCACCGACUCCUGCGUCUCGGAGGACGGGGUGCUCUGCAGCGGGCGAGGGGACUGCAUCUGUGGCAAGUGUGUUUGCACGAAUCCGGGGGCCUCUGGACCCACCUGUGAACGUUGUCCUACCUGUGGCGAUCCCUGUAACUCCAAACGGAGCUGCAUUGAAUGUCACCUGUCUGCCGAUGGCCAGGCCCGAGAAGAAUGUGCUGACAAAUGCAAACUAGUUGGUGCGACCAUCAAUGAAGCAGAAGAUUUUUCAAAGGAUAGUUCUGUUCCCUGUUCUCUGCAAGGAGAAAAUGAAUGUCUUAUUACAUUCCUAAUAACUACAGACAAUGAAGGGAAAACCAUCAUUCACAGCAUCAAUGAGAAAGACUGUCCAAAGCCCCCAAACAUUCCCAUGAUCAUGUUGGGGGUUUCACUGGCUAUUCUUCUCAUUGGGGUUGUCCUCCUGUGCAUUUGGAAGCUGUUGGUGUCAUUUCAUGAUCGUAAAGAAGUUGCCAAAUUUGAAGCAGAACGGUCAAAGGCCAAGUGGCAAACGGGAACCAAUCCACUGUAUAGAGGUUCAACCAGUACCUUCAAAAACGUAACCUAUAAGCACAGGGAGAAACAAAAGAUGGAUCUUUCCGCAGAUGGAUAGAACUACUUCAUGCACAAAAAAAGUCUGCUUCACUGAUAUGAAAUGUUAAUGCACUAUUUAAUUUUUCUUUUUUGUUGCUUUAAAAUGAGGUUGGUUUAAGAUAAUAAUAGGUCAUUUGGAGAUCAGUCAUUGUCUGUAUGAAGGUUAGAGACUGUGUUGGCAGGUUCAAAAUAAUCAAGAAGAGAAAUAUCCUUAGCAAAGGGGUGACUUUGGGGAUCAUUGAGGAAUACUAACUCUGUUGCAUUAAUGCCUCAAAAAAUCAUCAAAAUGACACAUGGGGGCCUGAUUUGCAUUUGAAAAAUGUUUGAAAUUAGAAUCUCAUUUGUUGCAGGAAUAUAGCUACCUGAAGUCUUUGUCUCAGCAAAGUCACAAAGUCCAUAUGCUCACAUUAAAUAAUCACACUUGCGAAUUAAUUCUAAACUUUGAGUAAAUCUGCCCUUUCCUAAAGGAGGAUUCUUUUAAAAAUCUAUGAAAAAUGAGAUGCUGACUUUUACUUCAACUAAGAGGAUGCAAUUCUUCUAAAGAUGCCCCAAAUGUAAUUAGUGUUAAUAAUUUCUGUGGAUUUGCAUGUAUCUAAAAGUCAGGUACACAAACAAGUAUUUUAUUUGUUCUACAAAUGAAGAAGAAAUCUAUAAAUUAGAAAGUUACCAGUAAAAACAAAAAUAGCUAGUCCAUUAUUUGGAUUAUUUUUAAUUACUGGAAAAUUUUCUACACUCAGGUUCCCUCCUGACCCCAAGUUUUCAAACUCUUACUUCUCCCAUAUUUUUCAAUCCUUUUUACUUAAUUUCAUAGUCACCUAACCCCUGGAAAUGCCAUAUGAAAGUUUUAAUUUCUUGUUAAAAAACUACUGUAAACGAUUAGGUAGUUUUUUCAAAAAGAGCUCCAAUAAUGCAACAGGGACAUGGGUUAAAAAUAGAACAAAAUUUUAAAUGGCUUUAAAGCAAACACAUCAAGAGUACCCAGUCUCUCAUGAGUAAUAGGCUUUCUAUCUGUAUUUGUUCCCAUUUACAUAACCUAACUUGCACAUUUCAGUUGCAUAUGGUAAAUAUGCAUCUUAUAUUUACUUUAAAAAGUAAGAUUUAUGGAGCAUCUGGGUGGCUCAGUCGGUUAAGCGUCUGACUUUGGCUCAGGUCAUGAUCUCACAGUCUAUGGGUUCAAGCCCUGCGUCAGGCUCUGCGCUGACAGCUCAGAGCCUGGAGCCUGCUUCCGAUUCUGUGUCUCCCCCUUGCUGUCCCUCCCCAGGUUGUGCUCUCUCUCUCUCUCUCUCUC